AUGGCAUCGGACCCAGACCGCCAUAAUGACUCCAGACUAAACCACGACCCUUCCCAAUCCAAUCCAAACCCAUUCAUCAAGUUCCGCCAGUUCGCAGAUGCCCAAGUCGGUUCGUUUCUACAAGGCUUGAUAGGCUUGCCCUCAGCCUUCUCCAAGAACUCAGCAAAUGCAAGAUGGGCAGAUUUUGACGACGACCUUCGACGGCGAGAUGAUCUCCAGACGCGCCUGAGACAAUUGAAGGAUGCGGAUGCGCAGCACAAUCAUCAUGAAGAGGAGGUAGAGGGAAACAUACCAGUGAAGAAGUGGCAAGGAAGACACUCCUGGGUUCAUUCAAGACAGCCGAAUGGGGCUCCUGAAUCAGUGGAAGCAGACCUGCCUCUCUACUCCCCAGUCGAGAAAUCGCUCUUCGCACAUCUGCCGUAUCUCGGGGAUCGCGAACCUGUUUUUAAAUAUUCCAACCUUAUAAUAGGUAUCCCCGGCAAAGCAUACACCCCUGAAAACGGACCGCUCAACUUGACGCGAGAGCAAGUAUCUUCGGAUGCCAUGAACAGGAUCAGGUAUUCCGUAUACAACCAAUUGACUGUUAACCCAACCCUACAAUCCGGAUACUCGUUGCUUCCAUAUCUUCUAUUCUCGCCAUAUUCGCCCAUAAAAUUGGACAUCGACGCGGAGGAUAUUCCAACUCACCAAAAGCCUGAUACGUUUCCUUACAGCCAGGCAUUCGAGGAUCUGAUUAAAACUACACAUGGCAGUCCCUGGCACUACCUUUCUCCCACGUUCCGUUCCCUUCGCGGAGCCGAACAUACAAUCGCUGGAGAGUCUUUUAUCAGAGACCUUUAUCUAGGUGGGUUCUUGCAACAGAAAGAAACGAAAACUAUAGCGUACCGCAUACCCCGGUCCUUCCCUACCUCCCCUCCAAGUGUGCAAAAAACCGUAUCCUAUGCAGACGUGCAGGACACAGAAACGGAGCAAGACAUGUACAAUUGGUUUCUCCAAACUGUUGCUUCACCCGAGAGUAUUGCAGGUGCGGUUGAGGCCCUUUUUGAGACUAUCUUCUCAGAUGGAGAACUUUCAAAACUUAUGAACCAUAUGAAAGAAAUGCGAGAUAUUACAACACCUGAAGGCAGACAAAGCCUAAGAGAUUCUCUUAGUUCUAGCAGCAAUAAGGACAUUAGAGACUUGAUGAAGGAGCUCGAGAGAGUCGGUUUCCUUCCUCCUGCUCCAAAGGAAUCCGACUCUACUCCCGAAGAACGACAAGCCGAUGAUCUGCCAGAGCAAGCAGUAGUUACUCGACCGACACCAGUUCAGGAUCCUAACAAGGUCAUUUCCUCGAGCACAAAGACGGAACAGCACACAAAUGAAGAUGGCACCGUUGAUACGACAGUUACGGUAUGGAAGAAAUACGCGGAUGGAAGAGAUACUUGUACUACUACUAGACAUAUUGAGUCGAGGCCGACAGAUUCUGAGCAGGAGAAUGGAUCUGAGAGGGUUGAUGAAAAAGUCAACGAGAAAAAGAAGGGUUGGUUUUGGAAUUGA